AUGAGUAAUGCUUUUGAUGAAUUUAUUUUACCGACAUCAACAUUACCUUCUUACAAAUUACAUUCUGAAGCAAUUUAUGCGAGUAAACUUUUCAGUACCACAAGUUCAAAACCAGUAAAUGCAUCAAGUUUUGUGAAAAAGUUCAGUAAAUCAAUUAAAUCAACUUCUGAAGAUCUUUGUAAAGUUUCAAAAUCCGUUAGAUUUAGUGAAUUACUUAGUAAAUUAACCAAUUAG